CCCUCGAGAACGGCGACUCGACGCGGUGGUACCUCUCGCUUUCACUCGCCGCGUGGUUGCGCGAAGAGGAGGCUAUCACGACCGUUCUCAGCGACGGGUCUCAGUAUCCGCCGGAGAGUCGUUGGAGGUACGUGUUUAAUUCUUGAUGUCUUUGAUACGACACCACGGCAUCCGUGUAACACCUGAAAGAAUAAGAGGCAGAGUGAGCACGAGCGGAAGAUUCUUCAUUGAAUUACCGAAUCUUCGUGCUGCACCGCGCCGAUAGCGAUCGCAAGGGCGGGAGAAACCGCGGCGUGCGCGGAAGAGGCACGCAGCUAUAAGAGAUAUAAGAAGAUACAGAGGACGAUACCCGGAAAAACAUAGAAAUGGUGACAGUCGGCCGAGUCAAAAGCAGCUCGAUACUGCUGUGUACAUUGGUUAUCGCAGUGCCAACGAUAUUGUCGACAGUCAGCGAAUUUAGUAUUUCCGAAUACGUCUACGGGAUAGAUCAUGACUUGCAAGCGAGAGCACGUUCGGCAAUUGAAGCAGAGAGAUUCGCGUACCGAUCACGAACAAACAGAAUACAGUCAGCGAACACACACUGCAAGAUCCGAUCAGAAAGGCCGUGUCCACCGAGCAAAUACAGAACGCCUUCCGGUGCGUGCAAUAAUAUCAGACAUCCUGCAUGGGGUGCCAGAGGUUUCCCGUUCCUCAAAUUACUGCCAUCGGCGUACUCGGAUGGUAUCUCGAGACCGCGUCAGUCGGUGGGCAGUCACAGCCUACCCGCGUCGUCCGAUCUCAUCUCUAGAGUUCUGACUUCCACUUCGGAAGUAGGAAGUCACGAGGGUCUGACUAGUUUGUCCGGGAUUUGGUCAGAAUUGGUAUUGCAAGAUAUAGCUGUUACGGUGCAUCCUGCGGGGCCCGAAAACCAAUGCUGCUCGAACGAGCAACGGCAUCCGGAGUGCUACGAGAUGCACGACGAGAAGCUCGGCUGCAAGCGUUACUGGCGAUCGGUGCCGAGUUUGCCGAUGAACGGCUGUCAAUUCGAGACGAGGGAGCAAAUGAACGGCGCCUCGGCGUAUCUAGACGGUUCCGGUAUCUACGGUGCAACCGACGACAAACUGCAUUUAUUGAGAACGUACGAUAACGGCAAGGUCGAUCUAAGCGCUUGCGAGGUGUGCAAUCGCACCGAUCGCCACACGCUCGGCCUGCUACAUCGGAUUUUCCUGCGCGAGCAUAAUCGCAUAGCGGACAAAUUGGCCGAGUUGAAUGCGCAUUGGGAUGACACAAAAUUAUUUCUAGAAGUGCGUCGUAUCGUCGUCGCGCAGCUGCAACAUGUCACUUUCAACGAAUACCUGCCGGCGAUACUGAGAGAAGCUGCUUUGGUGGAUCCUGAGCUCAGGCCACGUGCGAACGGCUUCUACGAAGGCUACUCUUCAUCCAAUAAGGCAGGGACAUAUCAUGCCGCAGCUCUGACAGCUUUGAGAGCUCUUGCGUGGACGCACGCGGAUGAGAUUCGCAGCAUCGAGGAUCACGUAAUCACAUCGGCUAAUCGCGUUGAUCUCGCAGCUGCCCCGGACGCAGCUGCCUGGUCCGUGCACGUAGCAAGAGAUCACGGGAUACCCGGAUACGUCAAGUUUCUGGAUAAUUGUUUAGGAGAAAGCGUUAAGAUCGAAAACUUCACGAAUCUGGUGCAAGUGAUGCGAUCUGAGCAUGCAGAGCUACUCAGCUCGAUUUACAUGAACUUGGAAGAUGUGGAUCUUUUCGUGGGCGGAAUCCUGGAGACUCCCGCCACGGGCGCCGCGGUUGGUCCGACAUUUGAGUGUCUUUUAAAAAAGCAGUUCGCGACAGUGAGAAAUUCCGAUCGUUUCUGGUACGAAAACGACCUUCCACCGUCGGGACUGACGGCGGCGCAACUGGCUGAGAUACGAAAAGUGUCCCUCGCCGGUAUUUUGUGCUCCAACACGGACAUCCGCAGAAUUCAGCCGAGAGUGUUCAUUCGGCAGGAUCCGUAUCUCAACAGCAACAUUAAUUGCGAGCAAUACGAACCGCUGAACGUUGCGGCGUGGAUUGAGAAACCGUUGUCGCUUCCGUCCGCGAUCGAACACGACGACUUUGCGAACACGGACGUGCGCGAUCCGACGCGAUUCUUACCGGAGAUCAACCCGGAAGUGCUUGCCGCCGCGGUGAAGAAAGCGGAGGAGGAGCUGAUCGAGCGAAAGCAGCUCGAAUACAACGCUUGGAUGGAGCAAAGAAUCGCUGAUCCGAGAUCGCCCGCCGGCACCGCGGCCAGCUUCUCCAAGGCUAACAAGGACGCCCUGUUGCUCGCCAAUUCGUCCAUCAUGUACGAGCUGGCGACGAACGAGAUUCUGAACGGCGUGCACGGUCUCCGGCGUAGGAAGCGACAGAUCUUCGAGAACACGGAGAACGUCCUCGGCUUUCCCAACUCGAACGAGUUCUCCGAUUUGCUGCAGAAUGUCGACAUCUCCGGCUUCCUGAAUUCGCAUCACAAAGCGACGAAUCACGAGGAGGUGCAGUGCCCGGUCGACAACUCCGCGUGCGACCCCACUACGCCUUUCCGGACUCUGUCGGGUCACUGCAACAAUCUGCGCAAUCCCAGUCUCGGCAAGUCGCUGACGACCUUCGCCCGCCUGCUGCCACCCGCUUACGAAGACGGUGUCUCCAAGCCAAGAUCCACUUCCGUCACCGGCACGCAGCUGCCGAAUCCACGCGUCAUCUCCACCGUCAUCCAUCCCGACAUUUCUAAUCUGCACAACCGCUACACGCUGAUGGUGAUGCAGUUUGCGCAGUUCUUGGACCACGAUCUAACGAUGACGCCGAUACACAAGGGAUUUCAGGAGUCGAUUCCCAGUUGCCGUUCGUGCGACUCGCCGCGAACCGUGCAUCCCGAGUGCAAUCCGUUUCCCGUGCCGCCGGGCGAUCACUUCUAUCCCACUGCGAAUGUAUCGUCGGGCGCUCCCAUGUGCUUCCCGUCGAUGAGAUCGCUGCCGGGCCAGCAGCACUUGGGGCCGCGCGAACAGGUGAAUCAGAAUACCGGCUUCCUCGACGCGUCGGUCGUUUACGGUGAAAACUCGUGCAUCUGCAACAUCCUGCGCGGCUACAACGGCCGCAUGAACAUCACCUCGAGUCCGAGUCGCGGUAGGGAUCUGCUGCCGCAAUCGCCAACUCAUCCGGAAUGCAAGUCUCGAUCGGGAUAUUGUUUCAUCGGCGGCGACGGCCGCGCCUCGGAGCAACCGGCGUUGACGGUCAUGCAUACAAUGUGGAUACGCGAGCACAAUCGCGUAAUGGAAGGCCUGCGACAGGUAAACUCCCAUUGGGACGGAGAAAAGCUGUUCCAGGAAACUCGACGCAUCAUUAGUAGCAUGUUGCAGCACAUUACGUAUAACGAGUUUCUGCCGAGGAUCCUCGGCUGGAACGCCGUCAGCCUGUACGGUCUGAAAUUACUGCCGCAAGGUUACUACAAGGAAUAUUCGCCCACCUGCAAUCCCAGCGUGCUCAAUGAAUUUGCCACGGCGGCAUUCCGAAUUGGUCAUUCACUAUUGCGACCGCAUCUGCCGCGUAUGGAUCGCAGCUAUCAAAACAUUGAUCCGCCUAUUCUGUUGCGUGACGGAUUUUUCAAUACGGACAUGCUCUUUCAGGAGAAUAUGAUUGAUGAGAUGAUACGCGGCUUGGUGACCACGCCGAUGGAGACGCUAGAUCAAUUUAUCACCGGCGAGGUGACCAAUCAUCUAUUCGAGCAGCGCGGUAUUCCGCAUUCCGGCGUUGAUCUAAUAGCUCUGAACAUUCACCGAGGACGCGAUCACGGAUUACCGUCGUACAAUCAUUAUCGGGCGCUUUGUAAUCUGAAGAAAGCUAGCACGUUUGAGGAUCUGUCCAGGGAAAUGGCACCCGAGGUGAUAGCUCGCAUGAAGCGCAUAUAUGCCUCCGUGGACGACAUCGAUCUGUUCCCAGGUGGUAUGAGCGAGAGACCGCUUCAGGGCGGUCUGGUCGGACCCACCUUCGCCUGCAUCAUCGCCAUUCAGUUCAGACAGUCGAGGAAGUGCGAUCGUUUUUGGUACGAGACCGACGAUCCGAAUAUUCGCUUCACCGAGCAUCAGUUAGCGGAGAUCCGCAAGACCACCCUGACCAAGGUGAUGUGCGAGAAUAUGGACCACCAGACGGACAUGCAGAGAGCGGCGUUCGAUUUGCCCAGCAAUUUUCUAAACCCGCGGGUACCUUGCAGUUCUAUGCCCCACAUGGAUUUUUCCUCCUUCCGAGAGACUAGACACGGCUGCCAGAUCGGCGGAAGAAACGUCGCCGUUGGCGAAUCCGGUUUUCCCACGCCUUGCACCAGCUGCGUUUGUACCGCUGAAGGCACUCAAUGUGCUUCCUUGAGAGUCACGGACUGUAAUCAGCUUCUACGAGAAGCUUCUCGAGAAGCGAUCCUACGGGAUGAUGUGUGCACUGCCCAAUGUGGGUUUGUCCUAGCGGCUAGUGAGUCGAUGGCGAGACUGCAAUUUACCACGCCAAACAACCCGGGUUUUCCGGGUUUCCCACCACAUACGAACAAUCUGAGAAAUGCACCAACCCCGACCUCGUUCAACGGCUUCAAAUUACCCGAUCUCUCGCAGUUCAUUGGCUGAAUCGGAAGAGACGACUUAAAACUCACAGCUUGUUGUUUACUGAUUAUUGCAUUGUACGCGAAAAAUACACUGCCUUUACUUCGAAAGACUAUAUACGAUUCCAAAAUUUGACGAUCAGUCGGUCAUGUUCGAGUUCAAUAUUAUAAACUAAAAUAGAGAGGGAGAGAGAGAGAGAGAGAGAGAGAGAGAGAGAGAGAGAGAGAGAGAGA